UAACACAACACGAUUACAAAGUAUUAUAUUUACCAAAUUUAAGCUUUUAAUUGUGGUAAUUAACUAAUUCAUUCUCAAAAUGACGAGAUUUACUCGUGUGAAAAGUACUCAUCAACGCGUCGAGGGUGACUCUACUUCUUGGGGAGAACUUAAAGCCACGCCAGCCAAGGAUGACACGAAAAAUCACAGAGAUACGAAACGAGGAGCCCCUUCAAAUAAUAAUAAAGGUUCCCCCAGUGGCGGAGGAAAGAAGUUCAACAACAACAACCGGACUAAUCAAAGUGAUGGGGGUGGUGGUGGAGGUGGUAAAAAGUUUCAAAAACGACGACCAGAUCGAAGAGAUAACAAAAACAAAGGCAGAGGAGGAGGAGGUGGAGGAAGAGGACGAGAUAGCGAAGAAAAUCCAAAUUUUACUCCGUUGGGUGGGAGCAAUCCGAACGUAAGGGGACAGGGAUCGACGAAAUCGGUUAAAGUUUUUGGAAAUUUCUGGGUUGGCGAAGACGAUGCAAAGAGACUGCAAGGGGUCGCAAAAAAGAUGAAAAGUGAAGGUAUUUCCCGGAAAGAAAUCCUAGACUCGCUGCAAGGGGAGAGACGGAAGGCAGAAAAAGCGUCGAAACGGCGGAGGGAUAAGACCUGCUUCAAUUGUCGACAGUUUGGUCAUGUCCUUGCUGAUUGUCCGGCGACAAAUACCAACACUGGAGAAGGAGGAGAGGGAGGAGAAGAAGGCAAGAAAACUAGCUCGGAUGGCGACAUCUGCUUCAAAUGUGGCUCUACAGAACAUACGUCAAGGUUUUGCAAGAGAAAGAGCGACAAAUUCUCAUUCGCCAAAUGUUUUGUCUGUUCCAAAUCGGGCCACAUUGCGAGACAGUGCCCAUCAAAUCAGAACGGAAUCUACCCUGCUGGAGGAAAUUGUGACGAAUGUGGAUCUGUUCAGCAUUUGAAAAAAGAUUGUCCAACCGUUGUUGGAGGAGCUCGAGGGGGGAAAGACGAUCCGGAAGCACAAGUGGGGAGAAUGGCUAAUCCCUUUGCUUCCACGGAAUACGAAGACAUUCCAGCGUCUAGUAGUAGUAGGAAUGUUGAAGAGGGAAACGAAGAUGAAACUGAUGACAACAAAGACAAAAGAAGCAAACAACCAAAACCCAACAAGUUUAAAAAGAACAAUAAACGGAAACAUGCCCCCAAUCCUAACGAUAAUUUUUCUAAAGAACCCGUCUCUUCUGUAUCGAAUGAUUUCAAUCAGAACGACAGUAAACCAACAGUUGCAAAGAAGCGUAAAGUUGUAAAAUUCUAAGUAUUUCUAUAAAAACAAAUCUCGUUAAAAGGUUAUUUUGUUGGCGCAUUAAUAAAGUAUUACGCACAAGUUUAACAA